AUGCCCGAUUUGGCCACUGCGACGAUAUGCUGGGGCUCAGCCAUUGGUGGGGAUGACGCUCGGAUGGUAGCACUGCACCGCUGGCUUGCAUCACAAAUUACUCACCGUCGAAUGAAAUGUCUCUCAACGACACGCCGAAGGUAUCGCGCCAACAGCCACAUGCUUACAGCUAUUUCAAGCUUCCGUGACUAUGGCUUCUUAGUCGGAGAUUUUUUCCACCUAAUGAAGAACCUAGUUGGUCUUGUCAUCUACUCACGCUUUGCCCCGGUUCUUGCAUGCGACAAUGGACAGUUCAGGCAGUUCUACGCGGCAGGAGGUUGGGAUAUUAUCUUGCAAGACCCCAUGCACAGUAAUUGCGCAGCGGAAUGGACGGAACUGCAAGCUGAUCUGGGGCGAGGUCUAUUGCCCAUGGCACUGCAAUUUAUCGGACCAAAGGUGGCUGAUAUCGCGAUCUUGGGCAUGCAGCGUCCGGUAUUGGCAACCCUGAUGAGUCUGGGUAGUUCCUGUCCGACAUUAGAGAGCGACCGUUCGGCUUUGGAGACCGCAAGGAGCAUAGGUCACGCACCUGAGGGUGUAUCGGACGACAUUCUCUGGCCGGAUAAGCUGAAUGUCGCCCCUCUCUGCGCCAAAGCCUUGAUAUGUGGCUUUGAAUACAUCCUCGUUGGCACAGCAGCGGCAAACUCGGUCAUCCAGGGGUGGCAGCUCAGCUUCUGGGCUAUCUACUUCAUCUCAACGCUUGUUGGAACAUACUGUAACACGGCUGAAGGCUUCUUUCCAUUACUCUUGGUCUUCCUUCCACUUCCACUCCAGGCGCUUGGGAUAUGUGUUCUCUAUCUCGGUAGCGAGUUUGAAGAUCAGUCUCCAUCGCAGGCGUCUUCGCAACACCCCCUGGAAGUAACGCCGCUGGCGUUCAGCAAGAACGGCAUGGGGAGAAAGAAGAGAGACAAUUUGGCAAAAGGCACACAAUACUGGAUGUUGAUACUUGACUGGGCAAUCAGAUUGCUGGUCUGGGUCCAAGUCCUUUAUGGAACCAUGGUACUUUCAAGCAACUUGUUUAUGUCAUUGUUCACAGCGCUCGAGGUCGUUGGAAGGUUCCUUGCUGGUGCGAUGGCCUGUCGCGUCGUUCUUCAAUUCGAGAUGUAUGGGUUGCUACAUAAAUUCUAUAAAGAAUUAAAAUAA